AUCAGUUUUCUUCAAAUCCAUCAAUUUUUUAUUUGGUUUUUGGCAUUUCUAAUCGACGAUCGACGGGGUCCCCAAUUUUACGCGGACGAUGUUGAUAAAUUCUCUGAUUAUAUUAACUUCUCAAUUCAACCUUUGGCCUCCGAUUCUCGUCUCAGGCAAUUUUUCCGUUUCUUGAAGAAAUCAUCAUAGCUUUUUUUACCCACUUCAUAUCUAUUCAUCAUGCUUCUACUGUUCCUCCAUAUUUGUUGGUAAUUUGGGAUCAAAUGAAUCGUGGGUUUCUUGGAAUUUAUUAUCUGUUGUUAAAUGGAUCAUUUUUGUGAUAUUUCUGCUCAUUUUAUUGUAUUUUUGCUAAAUAUUCUUGUUAAUGGGUUUAUCUUGUAUUCCUUGAUUUAUAAGCAUUGAUGAUUCUGUUGGUCUUUAGUUGCUCUCUGUUGCAGUCUUAACAUCCGUUGUUAUACCUUUCCAUGAUCGUUUUAAUUGCAUUGUAUGACAGCAACAGCAUGCUCAAUUAAAAUGUACAUGUGCUUCUCCCAACCAAAAGCCAACUAUAGCCUUUUUAACCCAUUGUGCUCCACAAGGAAUUACUAAAAUCCAACCCCAAAUCAGCUUUUGUAUGGUGUAUGUAUUUUUCAUGCCAUAUUUCCUACAUUGUGUAUAUUGAAGUUGGUCUAAAAAAAGAGCAUAUUUACCGGUCUAAUUUGAAAUUUCUGACCUAAAGAAGGUAUCCAUCUUUUUUAAUGAACUAGGACUCCUUGAACAUGCAAAAAUUGUUCACUGCUUUCCGACAUGAAAAAAGCACUAUGUUUAACUCGUGAUUUUGAAUACCUUAGAAAAUAUAAGGUGAUCAUAUCUCAUCCAUUAAUUAUAGUUUACUUUGUUGCUUUCCUUUCUUUUCAAGUACUCAUAUACAUUUAUUAAGCUGUCAUCCCGCUACUUCCCUGUCUGUUACACUGAGAGUUUUUUAACCCUUUUCUUUAUCCUCCUAUGUGUAUUAUUCAGGGAUCUUUAAAGACUAUUGUGGACUGUCUUAUAAAACUAAAAGCGAAAUCCAUACCUUAUGGAGAGAACUUUACGCACUCAUCCAUUAAGUUGUUGAAUGCUGCUAUUCAUUAUAUUGAUGCAUUAGAGGCAGAGCUAGUUGCCACCAAAAAGGUCAUUAUAUUUUAACUUGAUGCCAUAAUUAAUCAAUAUUUACUGUUUUGCUACCAUUUCCUAUUGUAAAUUCUUAGGGUUUUUACAAGCUAAAAUGCAUCUUGGAUACUUGGACCUCCCUCUGUUGGGUUGAUCAUGCUGAUUACCAAUUCUGCUGAUUGCCAAUUCAGCUUUUGUAUAACGUAUGUAUUUUUCUUGACUUAUUUUCUAUAUUAUGCAUAUUGAAGGGUGUAAUAUGAGAUUAUGCUGAGGCUUUUUUUCUUUAAUCAAACGAGCUGUUUUUU